AUGUUUUCGUGUUCUAAAAUUAUCUCCUUCACACAAGAAUUGUAAUUAAUUCCGGUGCAAGUACGUGCAUACGUGUGAUAAUAGCUCGGCUUCGAAUAACCACCAAACGAAGUGCUGGUGUAAAAUGAUUGAAAAUCCGGAGAUUGGAUCAAUGUAAUCGGCUAAGCGAUAAGUCCCACGCUCCUUAUCUCUAGUGAAGACAUAAAUCGUGUUAGUGGAUCACAGCAUAAAUUUUCCACGUGAGAUCUCGUUUUCUAAAUUUGAAAAUAAUGGACCGGGGAUCGUACGAGAAAUUAUCAAUAAGAGACUCCGCAAGAUCCCUCAAGAAAUACGGCAGUACAAGCAAACACGUAAAUAGGAGCGAGAAUUGCAUCAAACACUACGUCUCAAACACUGACACUCUUCAAGGAAUUGCGCUGAAAUACGACGUGACAAUAGAACAGAUCAGGAGGGUGAACCGCUUAUGGGCCUCUGACAGCCUGUUCCUGAAGGAAUAUUUACUGAUCCCAGUGCGUGAUAACUCAGUGCCCCCCGUGAGCAGCGACCCGCCCCCAGUGGUUAGCCCCACGCAGAUUUCGUCCCCCAUAAGCAAUAGUAGUUUUGACGAGGACAAUGUGGAGGAAUUUUUAGGGAAAAUUGAUGCAGCUAUUGCCAACACCAAAAAGGAGGUCAAAAGGACCCAAAGUAGCAGCGAAUUUGCCUCGAAUUCCGACUAUGGUUUAGAAAAACGAAAAGCCCCAGUGUCUCGGAUGAAAAAAACCGUUAACAAUAACGGGGUCAGUGACUUGUUCUCACCACCACACACUGUGGUAGUACAGCAGGGGAGGAGAGUCAAGUCGUCGCUGCAACAACACGAACAACAACAAGACGAGUUGUUCGAGUUGUAGCGAAAGCAUGCCUGGAAUAAUUUGAUUAAUACGUAUGUUAUUGCUUGUUAUUAAAAUAUUUCAAGGUUACUAUUUUUGUUGAUUAUGUUGUGAUUGGAGUUUUAUAAUGAGAGUUUAUUUGUGUUCUCAGUUUUGUUUUUAUACUUUCUAAUAAAAUCUUCAUUACUACCA